AUGACCCGCACCCUCUGCUUGAGCUUCUUCCUCUUGCUGCUGUUCCUCUCCUGUCCCGCUCGUGCUGAACCUCUGCGGAGCACGUCCAAUCAGCGCAGGGCGCCUCGCGCACCGGCUGCCAAGGUGCGUUUGGCGGGCAACUAUGCGCGAGAACCGAACGAAGGGCGCGUGGAGGUGCUGCACAACAACACCUGGGGAACCGUCUGCGAUGAUGAAGUGGACAUCAAGCUGGCCAACGUGGUGUGCCGAGAGCUGGGUUUCCAGAGCGGUGUAACGUGGGCACACAGCGCACAGUAUGGAGAAGGAGCAGGCCCAAUAUGGAUGGAUAAUGUGCGCUGUGACGGCUCAGAGAAGUCCUUGAAGGACUGCAAACACAACGGUUGGGGUGUGAAUGACUGUAAACACAGUGAAGACUUGGGGGUGGUGUGCAACACUGAGCGCAGUCUGGCUCAGACAGCCAGUAGAGGCCACACCACCGUCACCAGGACUAAUGGCAGCCCCGCACCUCAGUAUCAGGGUCUUGUGGCCACCCGCAGGCAUCCAGGAUAUGGCUAUUAUGGAAACGGACAUCAACCUGAGAUCCCCAGGUUCCAAAGACACCACCCGGGUCACAGUAAGGUGCAAAUCGAGGAGGUCCGUCUACGUCCCAUCCUCAUGGCUACCAAGAGGAAGAGCCUGAUCGCAGAGGGUGUGGUGGAAGUGAAGCAUGCUGGGAGAUGGAGGCAGGUUUGUGACCUGGGUUGGAAUCUCAACAGCAGCCAAGUUGUGUGUGGGAUGCUUGGCUUUCCAGAGGCUACUCAGCACAAUGUCAAAACAUACAAGAAAAUAUGGGACACCAAGGUUGCAGAUCCUUCAACAAGAUUGAGCAUCAUGUCAAAGAAGAAGGGAUUCUGGGUGGAAAAGGUUCACUGUCUGGGCAAUGAGAACAGCCUGUCAGAGUGCCUUGGUCAGCUGUCAAUCGCCCGUAGUCCCACUCCUUGUAAAAAUGGGAGACAUGCAGUGGUCAAGUGUGUGCCAGGACCUCAGUUUGCUCGCAUCUCCUCAGGAAGACCCCAGGCCCCCUAUCCAGUUGUGCCUGUGCGUCUGAAGGCUGGCCCCAGGCUUGGCGAGGGUCGUGUGGAGGUGCUCCGAGACGGAAAAUGGGGGACCAUCGUGGACCACAUGUGGGACAGACCUGCAGCCAGUGUGGUGUGCAGAGAACUAGGCUUUGGUAGUGCUAAGGAUGCCCUGAAUGGAGCCUUUAUGGGUCAAGGUACCGGACCUAUCCAUAUGAACAGUGUCCAGUGUAUGGGGUCAGAGCGCUCCAUCCUAGACUGCUACUUCCAGGAAGUCCAACCAUGGACAUUCAAACACAGCCAGGAUGCCUCAGUACGCUGUAACGUCCCUAAAACCGGAACAGAGAACAUGGUGCGACUUGCUGGUGGUAGAGUCCCAUCAGAAGGCCGUGUGGAGGUGUUGAUGGAGGUUGGGGGUCGUAAGCGCUGGGGCGCUGUCUGUAGUGAGAACUGGGGCAUCAAUGAGGCCAUGGUGUUAUGCAGACAGCUCGGCCUGGGCUUUGCUGCCAGUGCUCAUCAGGAGACCUGGUACUGGCCCGGUAACUCAAAUGCCACGGAUGUGAUUCUCAGUGGAACUCACUGUGUGGGCACAGAGCUUUCAAUUCAACAGUGUCGCCGCAACAGCCAUGUCCAUUGUCCUAGAGGAGGUGGAACUAAGGCCGCUGGGGUCAGCUGUUCAGAUACGGCACCUGACCUCGUUCUGGAUGCACAGCUGGUCCAGGAGACAGCCUACCUAGAAGACCGACCCCUCCACCUGCUGACUUGUGCCAAUGAGGAGAACUGUCUGUCUUCGUCUGCUGCCAGGAUGAACUGGCCUUAUGGCCACAGACGCCUGCUUCGCUUCUCCUCCCGCAUCAUGAACCUGGGUCGGUCCGAUUUCAGACCCAAAGCAACAAGAGACAGCUGGACAUGGCACCAGUGUCACAGGCACUACCACAGUAUCGAGGUGUUCACGCAUUACGACCUGCUGACGCUGAAUGGCACGAGGGUUGCAGAGGGACACAAGGCUAGUUUCUGUCUGGAGGACACGUAUUGCCCUGAUGGACUCCAGAAGCGGUUCUCCUGCUAUAACAUGGGUGAUCAGGGUAUCUCUGUGGGAUGUUGGGAUACGUAUCGCCACGAUAUUGACUGUCAAUGGAUCGACGUGACAGAUGUACGGCCAGGAGACUACAUCUUCCAGGUGGAAAUAAAUCCCGCAAUGGACAUGGCUGAGUCUGACUUUAUGAACAAUGUCAUGAGAUGUCGGUGCAAAUAUGAUGGACACAGAGCUUAUAUGUACGGAUGUCAUGCAGGUGAUGCAUACAGCGCAGAGAUUGAGGACCUGUUUGAGCACCAGAGGCAAAUCACCAACAACUUUGUGUAG